GCAGCAGCAAAGGUGGCAUCCGUUCGCAAUCGCACCACCACCACCACCACCACCACCACCACCACAGCCUCACCUCCGCCAUCUCCGCGCCUUCCUCUCCUCCUCCGUGCUACGCCACCAAACCCCACCCCACUCCCCCUCGAGAUCUCCUCCCUCCUCCUCCUCCUCCUCCUCCUCCUCCUCGACCGCCACAUAUCCCCCCAUCUGGCCGCCAUCUCCCUUUCGCUCGCCCCAGAUCCACGCCGCCGCCCGCUCUAAUGCCCGCGCACGCGGUGGUGCUCAGCGCCGAUGCGGUGGAAGCUUAACUCGUCGGCGUACAAGCGCGUGCCGUCCAGAGAGGCCGCCAUGGAUCCCGACCUCGAGACGCCAGUGAAAAUGGCGGACGGCGGCGCGGGGCCGUCGUGGCGCAUGUCGCUGCCGCACGUGUGCGUCGCCACGCUCACGUCCUUCCUCUUCGGCUACCACUCCGGGGUCGUGAACGAGCCGCUAGAGAGCAUCUCCACUGACCUCGGCUUCGCUGGAAACACUCUCGCCGAAGGGCUUGUGGUGAGCAUCUGCUUGGGUGGAGCGUUCGUUGGGUGCCUGUUCAGUGGCUCCAUCGCUGAUGGAAUAGGCCGCCGUCGCGCGUUUCAGCUUAGUGCGCUGCCCAUGAUAAUCGGUGCUGCUGUAAGCGCUCUGACCAAUAGUCUGGAGGGUAUGCUUCUUGGAAGAUUUUUGGUUGGAACAGGGAUGGGAUUAGGUCCACCAAUAGCUUCACUCUAUAUAACAGAGGUAUCUCCUCCUUCCGUGAGGGGCACAUAUGGGAGCUUUGUUCAGAUUGCGACCUGCCUCGGACUUAUAGUAUCUCUUCUAAUUGGCACACCUGUGAAGGAUAUUGAUAGAUGGUGGAGAGUGUGUUUCUGGGUUGCAGCUGUCCCAGCAACUUUGCAAGCUCUUGGAAUGGAGUUCUGUGCUGAGAGCCCCCAGUGGCUGUAUAAGUGUGGAAGAACGAGUGAAGCAGAGAUACAAUUUGAAAAACUUCUAGGCCCUCUUCACGUUAAAUCUGCUAUGGCAGAACUAUCCCGAUCUGAAAGAGGCGAUGAUGGAGAGAAUGUGAAGUAUACUGAAUUGUUUUAUGGUCGCAACUUUAAUGUUGUUUUUAUUGGCACAACGCUCUUUGCUUUACAACAGUUAUCCGGCAUAAACUCUGUGUUCUAUUUCUCAUCAACUGUGUUCAGAAGUGUGGGUGUGCCCUCUAACCUCGCCAACAUAUGCAUGGGGAUAGCAAAUUUAUCAGGUUCAAUUGUAGCUAUGCUUCUAAUGGACAAACUAGGAAGGAAAGUGCUUCUUUCAGGGAGCUUCCUUGGCAUGGCUUUUGCAAUGGGAAUUCAGGCUAUUGGAGCAAAUCGUCACCACCUUGGUUCUGCAAGCGUGUAUCUUUCUGUUGGUGGCAUGCUGUUGUUUGUCUUGACAUUUUCUUUAGGAGCAGGUCCAGUGCCAGGGCUUCUUUUGCCUGAGAUUUUUCCGAACAAAAUACGGGCCAAGGCUAUGGCUCUCUGCAUGUCUGUGCAUUGGGUGGUAAAUUUUUUUGUUAGUUUGCUGUUCUUGCGGCUUCUGGAGCAACUUGGUCCACAAGUACUGUAUACAAUGUUUGCGUCAGCUUGUGUGGUAGCAGCAAUAUUUGUGCGGCGUCAUGUGGUUGAAACAAAGGGAAAGACUUUGCAAGAGAUAGAAGUUUCGCUUCUACAACCACAAUAGAGGUUUUUAUGAGUUUGAGGUAUCGAGUACGACGUACAUGAUUAUCUGCCUGCUGGGCAAGUAUGUGGCAAAAAAACUGAUCACUGCAUCAGGCCAACAUUUCGCGGACCGGCAACGCCCUACAUGAUCCAGGGAAGUUCCCAGACAUGCACCUGUGACCAGUAAGGGCAAUCUAUCUCGUGCAUAAACCAUGUAGUGAGUUCGCACCUGCAUAGAUCGUCGUCCUCAAGAUAUAUCCGCCCUGUGUUUUAUCGUUUGUCAUUUGUACACUUGUGUGUUGGUAAAGGAGAAAGACCGAAUUGUAGUUAUAGUUUGAACAGUGGAUACAUCGUUUACAUGUAGGUGCCCGUGUUUUGAAAUAACAUCACUUGGCUCUGCUCGGUUACAUGAAAA